UUUCCUGACCGCCAGGGGGUGUAGAGUUCAUCGUUCCUCGCUGCUUUCACGUGUUUUCCUAUCAAAAAUAUCAAUCUAUUCUUCCACCCAGCCUUGUCGCCCGGUGAAAGCAAUGACGUCGCUUGAAGACUAUCAAUUUUUACAGUCUCUGAAAGGGAAGCGCCUGAAAUUAAAGUUGAAUGAUGAAACUUUCAUCGGUGUGGUUCAGCGUAUCCUGAACAAAACAGUCAUCUUGGAGGAUGUUAAGGCAGUCAAAAGUGGCAGGGAACACGCUGUAAGACAUUUUCAUGGGCGUGAAAUUUUGGGUGUGGAGUUUUUUUCUUUUCGUAGCACAGAACAUGGAAUUGGGAACAAUGUGGUGGCAGCCGCUGGAGAAGGGCACCUGACCGUGGCCGAAUAUCAGCCCUAUAAACUGGAUAUGUUGCGAGACAAAGAAGAUGAUGAAUAUGUCAACUAUGUGGUCAUCAAUGAAUUUCAUCAGAAAUUCCUCCCAGCCAUAAUGGAGAUUCAGCGGCAGAAAGUCAUUGGGGUGGGAGCAGAUGGCAUUGGAGGACUUUAUCUUGAGAGACUCUGCUGGCUCCAGAUUACCACUAAGAACAGGGUCUUCCUCUUUGAUAUGUUGGCACUCGGAGCCCUCGCCUUUAAAAAUGGUUUGACCAAGAUCUUUUCAAAUGAUCGCAUAUUGAAGGUUGCCCACGACUGUCGCAGAUUGGCCGCUUGCCUGGUUGCUCUAUAUGGUGUGAAGCUCAUGAAUGUAUUUGACACACAGGUAGCGGAUUUCCUGCAGUUUUACAGAGAGACAGGAGGCCUCCUCCCCGACCGGGUCAGCACCAUGCAGGAGGUAGUGAGCCUUCACCUGGGGAUGCCUGCCUCUCACCUGUCCUCUCUCAACAUCAAGUCUCGACUCUCCAAGGAGGACCGUGAGGUGUGGUACAUGCGGCCUUGCCCAGAGCCGCUCCUGAGGCUCAUGGCUCUGUCGGUCAUCCACUUGCUGCCCCUGCGCCUGGCGCUGCUGGAUGCCCUCAUGUUGGACUACACCAGCCUGGUGGAUGCCUACCUGGCCAGCGUCCUCUUCCAGCCUGUGCAAACACAGGACAUCGGCCAGAACAGUGGUCUGGAGCUCUCUCGAGAGCUGUGUGAGCUGGAGCAGCUGCAGCAGGAGCGUAAGGCCUGGGCCAUGGACUACUACCCCUCCACCACAGAGGGACGGCUGUUGCGAUUCGUGUCCCGCUCCAACUCCAGUACCUCUGCUGCGGCCACGUCUGCCUCUUCAUCCCACUCUCACACCUCUUACGGCUCAAAUCCUACCCCAGCACCCCCCACUGAUGCCCCUCACAACCCCACACCACCCUCUGGUAGUCCCACACCUACCCCUACACCCUACGCCACACCACCUAUUCAUACACCCACUGCUCAAACGCCAUCUCAUACACCAACUCCUCAUGCACCCACUCCUGGUUCAGACAGCACUGAAACCCCCACUCCAUCCCCCACCCCUCACAUCACUUUACCCGCCCAUCAGGCUGGUAACACACCAGCUCUUAAUCCCAUCCUUGAACCUGUACCCUCAUACCCUUCAAACCCAAGCCGGGGCACCGAGUCUCCAGCACUUAACCAGUCCAUCUUGUCCAUGACACCUAGAGUCCUUUCCAUAGCGACCCCCAAGAAUGAAGCAUCAUCCACCAAGGUCCCCAAAAUGGAGCCAUUACUCAAACAGUGUCCCAAGACAUUUCCCACAGAGAGCUUUGCGUCUCUCUCCCCACCUCCUCGACUCAUCGAGGUACUCAUGGACACCAUGGCUCAGUCAAUGCCCCUUACUGCAGAGGGCACUGGUCAGUCCGGCAUUGGCUCCUACCUCAACCUGGGCAGAGGCCUACAGCUGCAGAGGGCUGCAUUUAACAACCAGGUGCCGCACACUGGCGUGAUGCCACAAAGCCCCACCACCAAAGUGGCAGGGUCAAAGGGUUUGGUCUCCUCUGCUCCAGAGGCUGACUUCCCCUUAAAGCCCAUGGCAGCCAUGGCAGGGGUGGCCCAGCAGAUUGGCAGUGGUAACCGUAGUACAGCGCCACCUCUUGGCAGAGCAACAGUGUUGCAGAAUGGCCCUGUUCGCCCGUCUGCUCUCAGUCUAGCGUUCAGCUCCUUCAGAAUGACAAGAUAAGUUGGGAAAGUGACGUACCCAAGGAUGUCUAAUUGUUUUUGCUCCAUCAUUGAAUUGACCCUGAAUUGGCCCUGUUGUGUACUUUUGGUUCAUCCUUCUUGACGCAGAGCAAUUACCUAAUUAAAUUAAAAUCUUCUGGUGCUUUCUGUCAUGGUCUGUCACCAGGCUUUUCAGAAAGAAUAUUCUCAGUCUGUACCAGUGUUGCGUUAUCAGGCAAUAAAGGGGCACAGAAAGUCGGACAAAACUAAUCUUUAUUUGUUACCCUGUGGAAAAAAAAGAACUUGUAAAAAGACCAGACCUUUGUUGCUUGUAGAAUCAGAAUCAUAACCAGACAAAGCAGCUGCCUUUGUCCAUCUUCGCCAUAACUAGCUCACUAAGGAUUCAAAACCAUAUUUCUAACCAAUAAAUGAACACAGUUUAGCCAGUGGGUUGUAUGAAGAGUAGCUAUCGGUCCUCUGUUAUUGAAUAGUCAUUUCAUUGAUCUAGAUAGAUGACACAGGUGGAAUUUUAAAUGAAACUUCUUGAAAAUGAAAAUUCUUUUCACUCCAGUUUAAACUCUGUUCAUAUAUUUGUUAAUAUGUUGUUUACAAGCAUACUUUUUAGAUGUACAGUCUCACAUAAAGGUUGAUGGUGCAGAAAGCCAUUUUUGUUGUCAAAACAUGAAAAUGCUUCUGGACGUAUGAUGUCCUUGUGAAGGCAUGAUAAAUACAUAUUACUGUGCACGUCACACGCUCUGCCUCAGCCCUACUGCAUGUAUUUAUUUACAUGUCCGGCCCUCUAAAUUCAUAAAAACACCUCAAGCUAAUUAUUGACAUGCACAGAAGACACAGGAACAAUUGCCUACUAUUAUCCUUCAGAUAUUUGUCAGUGUUUGGUCUAGAAACCAAACCAAAACCUCUGACUAUAUCUAGUGUCCCCCACAUGUCUGAGUCCAAGCAGUAGAUCGGCUAGAACCCUAUUAGGUUUGUUCUGAUCGGCUUGAACCCUAUUAGGUAUGUUCUGAUCGGCUAGAACCCUAUUAGGUUUGUUCUGAUCGGCUAGAACCCUAUUAGGUUUGUUCUGAUUAUUUUGAAGUAAUCAUUGGAAAUACACUGAUGUAUCAAACAGGGAAGUGUUAUUGCCAGUGUCCAGAAAUGUAGUUUUCAUACAUUUAGCUAUAAUGGAAGUUUUUUUUUUUUUUUUUUGUUUCGUUUUUGUUAAUCUGUUUUUAGGAAGGCAAAUACAUUAGUUUUGAUAGGGAUUUUUUGAGUUCAUGGUAAUUAUACCUUCUGUAGUUUUCAGGUUAGGGUUUUCUUUUAUAGUACAUUUAGUCUUUCAUCACAUGAGAUUGUUGAUUUCUGUCGAACUAGAAAAUGUCAUAUCUCUUAAACUGGUUGUAGGGUUGAAGACUUUGCUAGUUGCUAUUUUGUCACUGAAUAAAAAAAAAUAUCUCUUGGAUGAGACAGAAGUGUGUUUAUUCCUCAGUCAUGUUUCUUUUUUUCACACAAUUUAGAACUAAUGUACAAAUGAACUAAUGUACUAAUGUACUAAUGUAAUGUCAAAUACUUAAUCUUCCUUCUCAGCCCCCUUUCACUCCUCCAUCUGCCUGCUACAUUUAGCUUUUUUAACCUUGGGUCUACAGCUUUCAUCAUCUCUGAUGCUCACCAUCUUUCUGGCUUGCUAUCUGCUUCAGUUCUUGCUAUCUUUCUUAUAUCUACAAUGUCUGUUG